AGGAACAAUGCAACAAAAUAAAAUUUAAAAGCUUUUGGAAAUAAACCCGUGUUUAUUAGUGAAAUGUUAAAGUUUCAUGAUAGUUUUUAAGUUUAGCCUCAGCUCGCGGACAGAAACUGUAAAAAUGGACGUUAGAACCGUUUUCUGGUUAAUUGCUGUUUUACUACCAGAGUUCGCCGCUGGGGAGAUGGUGAACAUCCCCGCAGGAAGGCUGGAGAUGGGAACCAGAGCAGCGGACAGCAGGGACGGAGAGUCCCCGGUCAGGGCGGUGGAGGUGCUGCCGUUCAGAAUAGACAAAUAUCCGGUCACUAAUUCAAUGUUCAGAGACUUUGUGCGAACAGAGAAGUAUAAAACCGAGGCUGAGACAUUUGGAUGGAGUUUUGUGUUUCAGGACUUUGUUUCAGAAGAACUGAAGAGCAAAGUGACACAGAGGAUAGAGUCUGCCCCCUGGUGGCUGCCCAUAGAACGAGCCUUUUGGAGACAGCCUUCAGGGCCCAGUUCAGGUAUUCUGGAGCGUUUGGACUUCCCGGUGGUUCAUGUGAGCUGGAAUGAUGCGCAGGAGUUCUGCAAGUGGAAAGGCCACAGACUGCCCACAGAGGAGGAGUGGGAGUGGGCGGCUCGAGGAGGACUGCAGGGUCGGACGUAUCCGUGGGGAAACAAGUUCCAGCCUAACAGGACCAACCUGUGGCAGGGACAGUUUCCAGACGGAGACACUGCGGAGGACGGAUAUCACGGCAUCUCGUCUGUCACUGCUUUUCCUCCUCAGAACAGUUACGGACUGUACGACAUGAUGGGAAACACGUGGGAGUGGACGUCCACACGCUUCCCGGCAGCUCAGCCCACCUACGUUUUACGCGGCGCCUCUUGGAUCGACACAGCGGACGGCUCAGCCAAUCACAAGGCUCGGAUCACAACCAGGAUGGGUAACACCCCAGACUCCGCCUCCGACAACCUGAGCUUCAGGUGUGCAGCCAGUUUGGGACAGAAAGAGAAAGCUGAACUUUAGCAACAAACUGUUUAUUGUUAAUUAUUUUGAUUUAGAGUAAAUGGAAGGAAUGAUUUAAAUUCAGGGCUGACAGGGAGGAAGUGGAUUUCUUUUCACUGUUUUUGGAAGAAGUCCAGUUGUUUUGUGUCGACGCACCGAGGGCCACCAUGACGGGACCCCAGGAAGUCUGAACACUUGAGAAGCAACUAUGAUCUCUCCUAUGGAGAAACUUCUUUCUACACUCAAAUUCAACAAAUAAACACUUAAGAAAUAAAA